AAAUGUCCAAUAAGACUAUGAAACAUCAUCGGCACGGCUAUGAACUCUCAUUUCUUGGUUUUGAAAGUUCGUGGGCUUGUUCUCGUUCCUUUACCCGCAUUCAAAAUUUUUCAUACCACCCCCUCCCCCUCUCCCUUCGUCGCCUGAAAACCCUGGCCAUAUGACACGUGUUGGCUCAUGGCCAGAAAACCACACACACCACACACCGUCUCUCUCACUCUCUCUCGUGCUCGUGGUCCAGCCUGGUCCAGCCCCAGCCUCCUCAGCCACUGCCUACCACUGGCCUGUGGGAAAUCAUGUUGGUGUUGCAUGUAAGUUUUGUACUGCCUCACAUGCUGAACGUGUCAUGUUCCUAAUUCAGUCUUGUCUUGUUGUAAUAUUGUGGAUGGUUUGAGAAUCCCCUCUGUCUGUUCAGGCCCUGCAGGGACUGUUUGACAUGGCAUCGUUACUGGAGGUUUUGGUGUCUGCUUACAUGCCUCAUCAAGUUGGGGUUAUGUUCUGAGAUUUUACUGGGACCAAUUGAUGGUUAACUUGCCUCCAGGCGACGGUUUUAGGUUUUGACGAUUCCACUGAUUCACAUUUGGAGCCUGUUUCUUUAGUCAUCAUCUCUGUGAUUUUACUGGGACCCAACAAUGGCUGGAACUUCUCUCCAGUCAACGGUUUUAAGUUUUGACGAUUCCUCUGAUUCACAUUUGGAGCCUGUUUCUUUGGUCAUCAUCUCUGUGAUUUUACUGGGACCCAACAAUGGCUGCAACUUCUCUCCAGUCAACGGUUUUAAGUUUUGACGAUUCCUCUGAUUCACAUUUGGAGCCUGUAUUUUUGGCCAUGCUCUCUCGGUUUUUUGUGGACCUUACUCUUAUCGAACUAAAACAAUGCUGUAUUGAACAGUAAGCUUGCGAUUUCACCAACCGGGCCUAUUUCAGCAAAGCCAUGGAUCCUGUCACAUUGGUUUGUCGCUUCUGUACCAGCCAAUUCUCAAAUGUCUCAGCAUAUUUUUCACACCUGAAACUACAUCGUCAUAUCACUGCAAUUUUCCCGUGCUGCAUUACUUCAUGUCGGGAUGUAUUCAAAUCUGAGAUCAACUUGAGAACUCAUCUAUAUCGUCACCACUCUCUUGAUGUGAGGUUGUCAAAAGACAAUCCGAACCGCUCCCAGUUGGUAUCUAAUGCUUUUGGGAAAUUUGAGUGUACGCUGCUGGUAUGUAAGAAAGAGCUUGACUCUUUCAAAGAACUUUCUAAACAUCUGAAGGGUCAUAUGAACUCUGGAGCAACAACUCCUUGUCCAUUUCCUGAUUGCAAUCGAGUCUUCAAGUGUAGCAAUAAUUUUGGUGUACAUGUAUCGAGAAGUCAUAGAGCUGGUACUCUCAGCAGAGUUGUACCCGAUGUACCCGAUGUACCCGAUGUUGUACCCGAUGUGGUUGAAGCUGUAUUAAAUGUAGAUAAUUGUGAUUCAUUGGAUGACUUGCCAAUAGUUGAUGGUCCACUGCCACCAGUGGCAGAGUUAGUAGAUGAAGGCAAACUUCUUUUGGACAACUUGGCUCAGUUUUUCAUGAAGUUAGAAUUUCAAUAUCUUCUGCCUGCAUCUACAGUUCUGUAUAUUGCCAAAGAGCUUCAAACUCUUCAUGAGGAUACUUUUAAUGCCAUUUCUGAUAAACUUAGAAAAAAACUUUCUCGUGAAAAUAUUAGUCCUGAAACUACUGAAAUGAUUGUCAAUGAGGUGUUCGAUGUUCAUAGGAAGCAUCUGAAGGCUUUGAGAACAGAAUAUACUAGAAACAAGUAUUAUUUGGACAACUUUCUGUAUGUAAAUCCCAGAAAAAAGAGAUUGAAGAAUGGCAAUUUUUUCUAUUAUGUUUCUAUAAUCAAAACUUUGAAACGUAUAUUUAAAAGUAAGUCUUAUUCUGUAAGUUUAGAUCCCCCAAGUCAAUCUGAUCCUAAUGUUCUGAAAGACUUCACUGAUGGAAAGUGUUACAAAGAUAACCCUUUCUUUAAAGACAAUGAGAAGAGCAUCAAAUUGAUUUUGUAUCAAGAUGCCUUCGAGCUAGUCCAUGCCAUAGGACCGGCAAAAGGCAAACACAAGACUAUUGGUAUUUAUUUAACCAUAGGAAACAUGCCAGAUUACAUGCGGUCUAAAGUCAAUAAUAUUUUUCUGAUUGGUUUAUGUAAGGAAAAGGACUAUGAUCACGAGAAACUUUUCAGACCAAUUAUAGAUGACCUGAAAAAGCUUGAAAGAGAAGGUGUAGAUAUUGGUAUUGGUCAGAAUGUCAAAGCUGGACUAGUGUUUGUAACUGGUGACAAUCUGGGCAGCCAUUGCCUUGGUGGUUUUCUCAUGAGCUUUUCUAAAACUCGCUACUUUUGUAGGUACUGUACAAUAGAUAAUCCAUCAUUUCAUUCCGAUGGAGGUCAUCAUUUGAAGUUCCCAGCCCGAACGCCUGAAGUGUACAAUCAAUGUUUGCAGGGAAGGCAUCGAAACACCAGAAUGGGUGUGAAACUCAACAGUAUUUUUAAUGAGCUAGAGCACUUCCAUGUUUGUAAUCCUGGUCUUCCCCCAUGCCUGGCCCACGACCUCCACGAAGGAGUGGCAGCAGUUGAUAUGGCAUGGUUUGUCUACUAUUUUAUUUGUAAUGGCUGGUUCACAACUGAACAGCUCAAUGCCAAAACUGCUUCAUUUCCCUACUCUAGUGAGGAUCGUCGUGACCAACCGAAGCCUUACACAUUUCGAGCUGAAAAGAUUGCUGGUGGUGCUGUCCAAAUAUGGACCUUUCUAAAACUGUUUCCUCUUAUAGUGCUUGAUUUAGUAGAUGACUGGCAUGAGAAAUGGGAGGAUCCAGUCUGGAAGAACUAUGUGUUGCUAGUUGAAAUAAUGGAGCUUCUUCUGGCCCCAGAGUUUCCUUAUGUUCCCUUGAGGCCCAAGCACCACUACUUGAGCCAUGCUGCAGAACUGAUUAUGAUUUUUGGGCCCUUGUCAAAGGUGUUUACACUUAGGUUUGAACAUAAGCAUCAGUUUUUCAAACGAACUAUUCGUUUCUCUAAAAAUUUUAUUAAUGUAUUGAAGUCUCUUACUGUGAAACAUGAGCUUUUUCAGGCUUUCCUUAGAACUGGAGCCCAGCUGCAAUGUGAAGUGGAAAUCACUAACUCUUCAACAUUUUAUGUAUGCAUGUAUGCUCCAGAAAUUGUCCAUGCUGUGCAACAUUCUGUUGCAUCAAACCAUAUUCAGGAGUGUCCUUCUGUCGUUGUGCGAGGAACUACUUACAAGAAGGGCUCUUUGGUUGUAUUACGACAAGCUCACUAUCAGUGUGAUGUGGAAAUUGGCAGAAUAUGCUUAUGCUUGUAUGAUGACAAUAACCAAGUGUUUUUUGUCGUAGAAGUUUUCAGCACUACAUUUGUAUCCCCUACACGUGUGUUUAGGCUGGAGGGAAGGAAGGGAUAUGAAUGCAUUUCCCAUUCAUCUUUAUUGACUCACUGUGUUCCUCGAGAAUACAAGGUAUCUGGAUCUACAUUUGUUAAGUUGAAGCAUGCUAUCUAUUGCUAGAUUUACCUUCUGUUUUGUCUUGUAAAUAAUUUGUACCCAUGUUCAAAUGUAACAUUAGGUUUUGACUUGUUUUGGAAGUAAAGUAAAAUUGACAAUAAAACAACUUAAGCUUUAACUUUUCCCUUCCUUU